AUGCUCCAGCCGACCGUGGUCGAAAUUUCUGCUGCCGUGCUGGAUAAGGACAAGGUGGGGGAGCACGAGUCGAUGGAGGAUCCUAACCACGGCAUAGCCGACGUCGGUGGCUCUCCUCCUUCUGGUGGACGGGGGAGACGUAGGCAGAAGAAGAGCGAUAAGGAGGACGAUUCUGACACCGCCGUGCCCGGGGACAUCACCACGCGGGCGAAGAGGCGGCAGACGACAGGCAGUGCUGACGACGCUGGUGGCGCGGAAGUUGGGAGAACGCGAGGCGCCAGUGAAGCUAGUGGCAAAGCGACGGGUCAUGCAUUGCGCCAAAAGGGCCGACCCGCAACAAGAAAAACAUCCGGCGGAAGGAGGGGCAAGAAACGGGGUCGUGAAGACCCUGGUGAGGCCGAGGAGGAGGAUGCGCAGGAAGAGGAGGAUGAAGAGGAUGCGGAGGAGGAUGACGCGGAUGUUGGGGAGGAUGAAAAAGAUGAGAAUGAUGGCGGGGAGGAUGAAGAGGAGGAGGAGGAGGAGGAGGAGGACGAUGAGGAGGAGGAUGAGGAGGAGGAGGAGGAGGAGGAGGAUGAGGAGGAGGAGGAGGAGGAGGAGGAUGAGGAGGAGGAGGAGGAGGAGGAGGAGGAGGAGGAGGAGGAGGAGGAAGAGCAGGGGGACGACGAGGAGGAGGAUGAACAGGAGGAGGAGGAGGCAGAGGAGGAGGAGGAGGAGGAAGAGGGGGAGGAGGAGGAGGACGUGGCGGCAGUGAAGGGACGGGGCGGGCCGUGA